AGAAGUGGCCCAGACCUUUCAGAGAUCAGAAAGAAGCAUCAUUGUGGGUGAUAAGAGUGGACACACAUCUCUAGGAAGCUCAUACCCAUUUCCCUUGGAAGCGGAAAAAAGUAAAUUCUAUUAGCUCCAACCAACCAGGAUUUUUCCUGUGCCAGACAUCCUGCCAUGAGGACAUUUCAGACUGAGGACGCCCAGCAUGUCACCCUUCUGUAGGAAUGCAAUGUUGGGCCUCCUUUCUUUCCUGAUUUGUGCAGGAAGGAGCUUAUUACCUUUGGGGAAGGAUUCCUUUUGGUUAGAAAGAAUUGAAAAUAGUAAAACCCUCUGGGAAAAGGAUCAAAUUCAGAAAAUGAGAUACAAAACUUCCUUGGUGAUGAGGAAAAAGUUACGGCUUUACCGAAAUACUUUGAAAGACUCAAGUAGCAGCUCCGGACACCAUGGCCCCCAGCUUGCAGCGGUCACCAGCCCCUCGGUGUUCCCUGGUCUCCACGAGCAGCCUCCCCGGGCCUCCCCCGGCAGUCCUUUGAAUGGACUCCUCCAUCUAGGGCUCCCUGGAGACAUGUACGCUCGGCCUGAGCCCUUCACGCCCCGGUCCGCAGCCUCCAGCGACGCCCUGGUAGCUGCCGCCGCUCUGCAUGGUUAUGGUGGCAUGAACCUGACCGUGAACCUCGCCGCACCCCACGGCCCUGGUGCCUUCUUCCGCUACAUGCGCCAGCCCAUCAAACAGGAGCUCAUCUGCAAGUGGCUGACGUCCGACGGCCCCGGGUCCCCGCGUCUCUGCUCAAAAACUUUCAGCACCAUGCACGAGCUGGUCACACAUGUCACCGUGGAGCACGUCGGCGGCCCGGAGCAGGCCAACCACAUCUGCUUCUGGGAGGAGUGUCCGCGCCAGGGCAAGCCGUUCAAAGCCAAAUACAAACUUGUAAAUCACAUCCGUGUGCACACGGGCGAGAAACCCUUCCCUUGUCCUUUCCCGGGGUGUGGGAAGGUCUUUGCUAGAUCAGAAAAUCUCAAAAUACACAAACGAACCCACACAGGGGAGAAGCCCUUCAGGUGCGAGUUCGAGGGCUGUGAGCGGCGCUUUGCCAACAGCAGCGAUCGUAAGAAGCAUUCGCACGUGCACACGAGCGACAAGCCCUACACGUGCAAGGUGCGCGGCUGUGACAAGUGCUACACCCACCCCAGCUCGCUCCGCAAGCACAUGAAAGUGCACGGGCGCUCGCCGCCGCCCAGCUCCGCCUACGACCUGGCCACUCCGGCCGCCCUGGCGCCUCCUUCCUCCGACUGCGGCCGCGAGCCCCCAGUGGCCUCCUCCGCGGCGGCGGUGGCGGCGCGUGGCGCGGACCUGAGCGAAUGAUGUCCACCGCGUUGCUCGCAAGGUAAUCUCGCCCGGCGCAGCUGAGUGCUCGCAUCUCGCGCCUGCAACAUCAAAGGGCCCGCUCACAAAGCAGUGUUUCUUCGCCACGGUGCAUCUUCACGGUAAGUUAGAAUUUCUAUGGCAAUGGGCAAGUCGCACUGAAAUCCUGAAAGGCCGAGCCUGGAGCCCGUCCAGGCUUUUCAUUAAGGACAUAAUAUUUACGUCUAACAGGCCUUUUUUCUUGUGUAUACAAGUAUAUAUUUUUGUUUGACGCGGACUAAAUCAUUUUCAUUUAAUUUCCGGUAAACAAAACCCACGCGAAUGGGCACUUGUUCCCGAUCAUAAUAAAAAUGGAUAAUAAUGUGAGGGAAGAAAAGGGCCGCUUGAAUCACCGCUCAGCCCCCUUUGUUUCUGCUUUCUGCGGUGAUCAGAGGGCGCAUUUGGGUUUGAUGGCGAGUUUCUAAAGGCGAGGAAAUGGUUUGUAACAGGGGAAAGAAAAGGAGAAAGGUCUAAUCAAGCUCGGGUUGUUCAAAGAGUCGGGUUUUGGGGUUGAAAGUGUGAGUUUGACGGUGCAUCAGCAUGCCGCGUUAGGCUCGCCAUGGAAAUGCGCGCGGGGAGCGAGGCUUCAAAGGCGGCACACUUCGCCGCAGACACUCUAUUAAGAUACAUUUGCGCUGACCUUUGCUUUCACGCCAUUUAAUACUGUCACUGCGCUCUCCAGUAUAUACUUCCUCCCAAAGACCUGCCUCGCCACGUUUAGGGGUUCACUUUGAGCCCAGAUGUGGGGAGCUUUGGCACCCGGGAUGCUUUCAGAAAAGGGUGGAACCGGACUCUGCCCAUCUUGACUAUGCCCCAAAGAGGCUCCAGGGUCCGGAGUAACCGACUUUAGAGAAACUUCAGAAGCUUAACAAACGAGCGACUCUAGCUUGGCUUGGUGCAAAGCAUCCCUCAGAAUCCUGAUCGAGGCAGAGACCAGAGUUUGAAGGGGAUUUGAGGGAAGGGAGCCACCAUGGAGGAGUCUGAAGGGUUCAGCCGUUCCAUGCAGAUAGUUCGCGCUGGAGCCUCACACAGCCUGUUCCGUUUCUUCACCCCACAAGCCUCUUGAGGUUCCCAAACUAGUUUCCUCAAGACUGUGUGAGACCCUUCAAGCCUGGGCUGGCCCUGGGCACAAAUUCAAGAGCCCAAGGCCAAGAGGAUGCGGAACAUGGCAGGAAAGUUAGAAGUCCAUGUUCCCUUAAUUGUCUUGUUGUUUAUUUUAUCCAAGUACCCCAGUGAAUAGGGGAAAAAUAAAC